AUGGCAUCUCAUCGAGCAGACGCUAGCUCAUUUCUCGACAAUCGCGGCUACACCGGGCCUCUUGUUCGCGGCGUGAAUCCGGUUACGCUUUUCGAAAAAGCCGUACGCGAUCGCAUUACAGAUUCAUACUACUGGAAAGAGCAAUGCUUUGGUCUCAAUACUGCCACACUCUGUGACCGUGCCAUUGAGCUAACCUCGAUUGGCGGAACGUACGGACUGUCCCAGAAGCCGACGCCGUUCCUAUGCCUUGCAUUCAAGAUGCUUCAGCUAUCACCGGAGCGCGACAUUGUUCUCGAGUAUCUCAAUUUCACCGAUCCAGGAAGCGAGGAGGACGCAGAAGUGGAUGGUGAGGUGGUCAAAGGCAGGGGUGAUUUCAAGUACCUGCGUGCCCUCGCUGCCUUCUAUAUCCGUCUUACCUUUGAUGCUGCCGACGUAUACAAAUAUCUGGAACCGCUGUUGUCGGAUUACAGGAAAUUAAAGAGGAGGAUGCGAGAACAUUAUGUUCUCACCAAUGUGGAUCAAUUCAUCGAUGAUCUUCUUACGAAAGAUCGUGUCUGCGCUACUAGUUUGUGGAAGCUGCCGCCAAGACAGCAACUAGAAGAUCUAGAUUUGUUGGACGAAAGAGUGAGCCCACUAGCGGACGAACUGGAAGACCUCGAUCGGGAGAGUGAGGCUAGCUAUCAUAGCCGGCAAGAUGAUGAAAGUGAAAUAGGCGCAGAUAUUAGGCCGCAAGAAGAGUGA